UUUUUUUUCUGCCUUUCUGUAUAUUUAAAUAGCUACCGUAUGCUCUGUGUAGUUGGAGCCUAUGGUUGGAGCACGCUGCUGAUGCUGGUCCUGAUGCAGGAUUCCGGUUCGCGGUUUCCUGGUGAUGCUACGUCGUGACGCCAGCGACCGGAAGGAUGCUGGCAGUGCAGGAAGACUCACGGGGCUAAAUGUUAACCUUUAUGAUGACUUUUAUUUUUGAAUCUGUACUUUUAUAACGCGUUUUUUCUGGUGUUUUCUGUAUUUACAUUCCACUUUAUUUUAUCUAUUUCGAUUUGCUUAUAUUUUGCUGGUUUAAAAUAAUGUUUCCCUCGUGUUAUUCCAAACCUGGAGACAGUGGGAGUAAAAGGAUGUCUUUCACAAGGAUCUUUCUUGGGGUGUUUGUGGUCUACAUGUGUCACACCGCCUGGGUGCUGUACGGCUUCCUGAACACGAAACCUUGCGACAAGGGAAAGGGAGAACAGUGUAUCACUUCCUACCUGGCAGAUCGACCAAAACUACAGCUGAGCGUGUUCACCUGCCUGGUCCCGGAGGAGAGUCCGCUAAACCUCAUCCUCACAGUGGACCCCUUCGACCCGCACUCUGCGUUUGAAAAGCAGGUGAACGUCUCUCUGCCGGAGGAGACCCGGGCCAACGGGAGCCUCCACGCGGUCGUGUACCUCCACAAGGCUGGCGUCUCCCCCUUGGAGGACCACAGGGGGGUGCACCACGCGGCCCCCCUGACCACCUACACCACGCCCAGACACACAGCUGCACCGAGGGGCGCCGUGCGCCAGCAGGGGUCUUACAGAUUAGAGGCUCUUGUUUCCCAUUGGAAGCCACACCUGUCAAUCACGGUGCUGUCCACGGACUUCCCCUUCAACAAGGCAGGGCUCCCAAGUGACCUGAGACGCCACAUGCGCGUCUUUCCGGACGGGAGGAAGACAACCUACCUCCCCUUGCUCCUGGUGGAUCAGCUCAGCGUCGGCGCCAGAGACCUGCUGGAGGUCAGCAGCAGCGCGCGCCACCUCCCCCUGACCGUGUCCUACCGGGGGACGUCUCUCCAGAGCUUCAGGUUCUGGAUCCACCUGCAGGACCUGGUCCACUCACUGCGGCAGUUUGGUUUCACAGAGGAGAACAUCGACGAGAUCAAGGAGACACUGCGGGGCUCCAACGUCUACCUGCUGAUCCUGACCGCCCUGGUCACAGCUCUGCAUCUCAUCUGUGAAUUCCUGGCCCUUAAAAACGACAUCACGUCGUGGAGGAAGAAGAAGAGCAUGGCGGGCAUGUCAAGGAGGACAGUUGUGUGGCGUUGCCUGGGCACUCUGCUGGUCUUCGUCCAUCUGCUGGAGGAUACCAGUCUGCUGGUGCUGCUUCCUGUGGGCCUGGGAGCCUGCGUGGAGGUAUGGAAGGUCUUCAAAGUAUUCAAGAUCCAUGUGCAUCUGAAGAGCUACAGGCCCAUCAUGCAUGUUAGUAAACUGGAUGAAGCAGAGAGGAAGACAUCGGAGUAUGAUUCACAGGCCUCCAGAUACCUGUCUUAUUUGGUCUUCCCCUUGUGUGUCGGCGGGGUCGUGUUCUCCCUAGUCUACCUGCGCGACAAGAGCUGCUACUCCUGGUUAAUCAACAUUCUGUUGACUGGGGUUUAUGCACUGGGCUUCCUGUCUAUGGUCCCACAACUCUUCAUCAACCACAAGUUGAGGGCUGUGGACCACCUGCAGGGCACAGUGUUAAUGUACAGAGGGGUGAACACCUUGCUGUGGGACCUCUGCUCCUCCAUCUCCUGCCUCUCCUCGUCGGACCGCGUGUCUCUGUCCCACCAGCUCUUCUGCUUCAGGGACGAGCUCUUCUUCUUCCUCUUCCUCUAUCAGCGCAGACACUAUGCCCACAAGGCCAGACUUCGAGAGGCCGGGUCUAAAAGCAAGAAAGUGAAGACCCAGUGAGGAGGAGGCUUCGUGUAGAGCACCACAUGGAUCCAUGAUAUCGGCACCUUAAGGCGUUCCCUCCUUGAUAAACAAACCGAAAAAAGAGUGUAUAUACAGAGCAUAUCUCCCUGUAGAUGCGCCAACAUAAAGUGGCACCGUCACGCCAAGCUCAUACAAGAGAGGAGCGACAGCUUCCAAUGAGGAAAAAAAAAACGUAGUCUGUCCCAUCAACACAGUUUCUGUGAAAAGCUUGACCAUUGCCAUCAUUUUUCAGAAUCGGACCAAUGUAGCGGAAAUCACAACAAUGAACAAUGAUGUCAAUGGUCCUACUUCUCAGUGUUCAAAACACACGCAUGAAGUGAUGGCGGUUCCCCUUUAAAGGAGCAAAGUGGAGAUAGGACAGGUUCCCCAGGUGUCAUGGUGUGUAUUGGAUGUCGCCGAGGUCAUAUAUUCUCCUCGGUUAGACGAGUCCGUAGAAGUAGGAGAAAACAUCCACCCACUCAUGAUGUUUAUUCGACCCACUAACUCUUUGAAUUGGGUGAUUUCAUGCCACCAGGUGUGAGUGUGAUUAGUCAGAAUAAGCCGUUUGAAAAUGUAUCUUUUUUCCUGUGUUUUAGUGAUUUGAACAUUUGCCGAAGUCUACUUGGCAGGCUGGUAGACUGAUCUGUCCAGUGCACAUCUAGGUGGACACGCCCACAUCUAGGUGGACACGCCCACAUCUAGGUGGAUACGCCCACUUGUGAUGACACUAAGGGUGCGCUCACACUAGGCAAGUUUGCCUGUUCCGUGCUGCAGGAAGAUUCAGCACAUUUCCCUGCACGGGCAAUCGCGAUUAAGGCACGGGGAAGGGAAGGUUUUCAAACGGCUUGUAAGGGAUGAGUACACUCACACCUGGUGGCGUGGAUAGGAUCGCCCCUUUAACCAUGGGCUCGAUGCCCAACAUGCUCCGUCUCCUCAACCCACUUUCCUGUCCCUCUCAUAAAGCAUAUGAAAAAAGAUGUUCAAUAUUUAUUCCUUUGAUGCUCCACACUAGUCAUGUUAGUUUAUGAUGGUCUUGACUCCCAGACAAAUGACCACUGUACCGCCAGGCUAAAAGUGUAUCUUAAUCAUAUGAACUUGCUUCCCUCCUGUGAAAUAUUGUUAUCAUAACUCAUGUUCCAAUAUGCAUGUUGAUCUAUUGGCGCAGAACGUGACCUUUCACAUGGAUCGCUGCACCUGAGUGAGAAGGCUGUCGACUACUGUGAGGACCACGGCUUGAUAAGGAGCUAAUGCUAUAUCACGGUAGCAUUCGUAGACCCCCACAGAUCAGAGCGUGUAUCUUCCAUCGGUCCGGUUUAGGAAUAAGUAAAUUCCUUUGAAUAUGUUAAACAUUGUUACAUUAGAAACAUUGUAUGGUGAAACCCCUUCUGUGACAAAAUCCAUAUCCAAAUAAAACAUUUCUGUCAGACAAA